AUGGCCAAGAAUAACAUUACCACAGUAACGGAAUUCAUCCUAAUAGGCUUUAAUGACCACCCCAAGUGGGAGAUUCCACUAUUGCUGGUAUUUCUUAGCUUUUAUCUUGUCACCAUGCUGGGAAAUUUGGGCAUGGUCAUUCUUAUCCAUGUAGAUGUCCAACUCCACAUCCCAAUGUACUUCUUUCUGAGCCAUCUCUCUGUGUUGGAUGCCUGCUAUACUUCAGUCAUCACCCCUCAGAUACUGGCAACGCUGGCUACAGGUAAAACAGUCAUUUCCUAUAGAUGUUGUGCUGCCCAGUUCUUCUUCUUCACUAUCUGUGCAGCUACAGAAUGUUUCCUGCUGUCUGUGAUGGCCUAUGAUCGCUAUGUUGCUAUUAGCAAUCCACUGCUCUACACUGUGGCCAUGGGCCCUAGAAAAUGUUGGAGUUUAGUAGUAGGAGCAUAUAUCUGUGGAGUGUGUGGGGCCAUUCUGCGUACCACAUGCACCUUCUCUCUCUCCUUCUGUGAAAAUAAUCAGAUCAAUUUCUUCUUUUGUGACCUCCCACCUCUGCUGAAGCUGGCCUGUAGUGACACAACAAAUAUUGAAAUUAUCAUUGUCUUCUUUGGGAAUUUUGUAAUUUUGGCCAAUGCCUUAGUCAUCCUCAUUUCCUACCUGCUCAUCAUCAAAGCUGUCAUGAGAAUGAAGUCUUCAGGUAGAAGAGCAAAGACUUUCUCAACAUGUGUCUCCCACCUCACUGCUGUGGCUCUUUUAUUUGGGACACUCAUCUUUAUGUACAUACGUAGUGGUUCAAAAAAAUCCCUGGAUGAAGAUAAAGUUGUGUCUGUCUUCUACACUGUGGUCAUUCCCAUGCUGAACCCACUAAUCUACAGCCUAAGGAACAAGGAUGUCAAGGCUGCAUUCAAGAAGGUGACUGGUAAAUGCCAGGUUUCCCAAUGCACACAACACUGA